GGAGUUGUAGUCGCAAUCCUAGGCAACUGGUGGGUGUCCCGGGGCGCGCAGAAGGCUGGUUUCCUGGGGGAACCUUCUGAGGGCCAGUGGUCUUCUUUUGACAGUUGUGUGGCCCUUCCGUCCAGCCGGGCUUCUGAUUCCGCCUUGCUUGUUUAUGACGAUCCCUCGAUCCCUACUAACCAGGACGUGAGAACCCUCAGCUAAUACAGAAGAAGUUGCCUUGUUUACAUCAUGGAUAACACAAAGGAAAAGAACAAUUACAAGGAUGAUCUUCUGCUUAGGAUGGGACUAAAUGAUAAUAAAGCAGGGAUGGAAGGACUGGAUAAAGAGAAAAUUAACAAAAUUAUAAUGGAUGCCACAAAGGGGUCCAGAUUUUAUGGAAAUGAGCUCAAGAAGGAAAAGCAAGUCAAUCAACGGAUUGCCAAUAUGAUGCAACAAAAGGCUCAAAUUACCAACCAGCAACUAAGGAAAGCACAGUUAGAGGUUGACCGAUUUGCAAUGGAAUUGGAACGGAACCGGAAUUUGAACAAUACCAUAGUUCAUGUUGACAUGGAUGCUUUCUAUGCAGCUGUGGAAAUGAGAGACAAUCCGGAACUGAAGGAUAAACCCAUUGCUGUAGGAUCAAUGAGUAUGUUGGCUACUUCAAAUUACCAUGCAAGGAGGUUUGGUGUUCGUGCAGCCUUGCCAGGGUUUAUUGCUAAGAGACUCUGCCCACAACUUAUUAUAGUGCCCCCAAACUUUGACAAAUACCGAGCUGUGAGUAAGGAGGUGAAGGAGAUUCUUGCUGAAUAUGAUCCCAACUUUAUGGCCGUGAGUCUGGAUGAAGCCUACUUGAACAUAACACAGCACUUAGAGGAACGGCAAGAUUGGCCUGAGGGCAAAAGAAGAUAUUUCAGCAAAACAGGAAAUUCUGUAAAAAUUGACUUGGGUGAACCAGGUAAGGAAGCUGACAAACUGAAUGAGGAUGAAGGGUCCAUCUCCCCGCUGCUGUUUGAAGACAGUCCUCCUGAUUUGCAACCCAAAGGAAAUCCUUCCCAGCUGAACUCUGAAGAACAAAGCAAUCUUCAAAUACUCCAAAAUUCAGUUGUUUUUGGAACAUCAGCUGAGGAAGUGGUAAAGGAAAUUCGCUUCAGAAUUGAACAGAAAACAACACUGACAGCCAGCGCAGGUAUUGCCCCCAAUACAAUGCUAGCAAAAGUGUGCAGUGAUAAGAAUAAGCCAAAUGGACAAUACCAAAUUCUCCCCAGCAGAAAAGCAGUGAUGGACUUCAUCAAGGACCUGCCCAUUAGGAAGGUUUCUGGAAUAGGAAAGGUUACAGAGAAAAUGUUAAUGGCCCUGGGAAUUGUUACUUGCACAGAACUCUACCAGCAGAGAGCAUUGCUUUCUCUCCUUUUCUCCGAGACAUCCUGGCAUUAUUUCCUUCACAUCGCCCUGGGUCUAGGGUCAACAGAACUGGCAAGAGAUGGAGAAAGAAAAAGCAUGAGCGUUGAAAGGACGUUCAGUGAGAUCUUUAAAACAGAAGAACAGUACAGCUUAUGCCAAGAACUGUGCACUGAACUCGCUCGUGAUCUCCAGAAGGAAGGACUGAAGGGGAGAACUGUUACCGUUAAGCUGAAGAACGUGAAUUUUGAAGUAAAAACUCGCGCGUCUACAGUUCAGUCCACCCUUUCUACUGCAGAAGAAAUAUUUGCCGUUGCUAAGGAACUGCUAAGGACAGAAAUUAGCGCGGCUUCUCCACAUCCCCUGAGGUUAAGAUUGAUGGGUGUGCGGAUGUCGACUUUUUCCAAUGAAGAUGACAAGAAGCACCAACAAAGGAGCAUCAUUGGCUUCUUACAAGCUGGACACCAGGCUUUGCCAUCUCCUGGGUGUGUUCUAGACAAAACCGACAAAACUGAGUUUGCAAAGCCUUUGGAAAUGUCUCAUAAGAAGAGUUUCUUUGAUAAAAAGCGAUCAGAAAGGAUCUUGAGCCAUCAAGACGCACCCCUCUGUGAAAUUGUGGAUCAGCAAGCUGUACAGACCUCACAACCAUUCCAGGCUUUAAAGAAGACGAGCGAGAGUUUGGAAACAUCAAAGAAUUCCAAUAACUGUCAGACAUUUACGUGUCCAGUUUGCUUUAGGGAGCAAGAAGGUAUCAGUCUGGAAGCCUUUAACGAACAUGUAGAUGCGUGUCUGGAUGAACCAUCGACCAGUGAGAACUCUGAUUCCCGCGCUUCCUCGGCAGCUAUUGGUCAGAAGGAAGAUGUACACCAUUCUAUUCCACUGCGUGAGACGCGGGAUGAUGAAGAUGCCAAGUUCACUUCAGCGGAUGGUGAAGAUCUGGCAGAAACUGAAGACAACUCAUUGAAAGCAGCAAGUAUGGACACUUUAGGGAGUAAUCACGGCAAAGAGGAAUGUUCUGAUACUCCAAACCAGUCUUGUCCUGUUUCAUUGGCAAAUGAAACUGUCAGAAUAUUAAGUAGGCAAGAGUCCAUCCAGCACUGUCCAGAUGAGGUGGUAACAGGACGAGCUCUAGUUUGUCCUGUUUGUAACCUAGAACAGAAGACUUCCGAUCUUACCCUCUUCAAUGUGCACGUGGAUAUUUGCUUAAAUAAAGGCAUUAUCCAAGAAUUGAGAAACAAUGAAGUUAAUUCAGCUAACCAACCCAAAGGGAGCUCCAGAAGUACUGACAGACUUCAGAAGGCUGCAGGAAGGACAAAAAGGCCAGGACUGAAGACAAAGAGCUCCACAUCGAGGAAAACAAAAGCCCAAAGUUCCAGACAUACCCUUGAUAUAUUUUUCAAAUGAACUUUGAACAUUUUUAUUGAAAUUUUAGUAUUCAAUGUAUUUGUUCCUUCUCGUUUUAAAUUUAUUAUUUAGGGAAGACAAGUGCAAUAAUACCUCCCCACAUGGCCUUUUUAAAGAAUGUAGACUAUAUAUUAACUUAUUUCUUUAUAUUUUCUUUAAUAACCAUUAGAAUCUCAUUCCCAGUAUAUAUCAGUUGGAAAUCAGUCUUGUUAGAGAUAACUUUAAAACAAAAGUAAAAAGGGGCAGUCAGAAGAUGACAUGCUUAUUUUAUGAUGAAUAUAAAAUACUUAUUAGGACUCUGAGUUAGUGCUCUUGUUUCUGCAUGGGCAUUUUAGUGCCUAGCCACCAGCUCAGCACGGGCAUCUUAGAGCCUAGCCUCCAUGUCAGCACGGGCAUCUUAGAGCCUAGCCACCAGGUCAGCACAGGCAUCUUAGUACCUAGCCACCAGGUCAGCAUGGGCGUCUUAGUGCCUCGCUGCUGGGUCAGCACGGGCAUCUUAGUGCCUAGCCACCGGGUCAGCACGGGCAUCUUAGUGCCUACAGGCAUCUUAGUGCCUAGCCGCUGAGUUGCCACUGGAUGCUGCUGGACUUGCUCUUGUGUCUGGAAGUGUUCUGUGAGCAUUUGUAGUUAGAUUUAACCAUGAGGUCUGUGAAGAAGAUUAGUUUAACAGAGAUAGCAUGGGUACCUGCAGGAAAGCAAUGCACAGUAUUAUCUGUGUUUGAAGGACUUGUUCAAACUACUGUUAAUUGUUUUUCCUUACUUACAAUUCCUUUAACUUAUAAAUAAGCACUUGGUUCAUGUAAAGAAAUAUUUAGUUUAUAACUCAAAAUUGUUUUUUUUUAACUCAGUACUUUAAAUGGCAGUAUUUCGUUUCUUGGUAACUACGUUUGGCUCCCUACAAGUCUGUAGUAAACAAGAUGAGUUGUGACGUCACUUGAUUUUCUUUCUCCUCGUUAAGAGAAAUGUGCAGCUCAGAAGAUGAACGCCUGGUGAAGCUCUGCCCUUCCUCAGCUGAUGUCCGUGUCUCUGUUGCUGUUUGUGAAGGAAGAAAGAUUCGCAGCAGUUGAGGAGUUGUUCCAAGCAUGGCUCCACCCACACGCUCUUAUCAAAAAGCCCUUUUUGCUACUGCUUUAAGAACUGAAUCUUGCACACAGCACUCAGAAGGAAGAGGCAGGUGGAUCUCUGAGUUCAAGGCCAGCCAGGUCUACCGAAAGAGUUCUAGGACAGCUGGAGCUACACAGAGAAACCGUGUCUCAGAAAACAAAAAAGGAGAAAGAGAACUGAAUCUUUUUUCUUAUGGUUUUGGUCUUUGAAUAUUUUAGUUCAUUUAGAGUAGACAGGGAAAUAUUUGAGGAAUAGCUAACAUCCUUAGGGCUUGGCAAAGCCUUUGCCACAGUGACAACCUGACUUUUAAUUACUGGCCUCGUUAAAGAUAGGCUGAAAGUUUGCUGAUGUGCUACUCCCCUACCUAUACACCAUGGACAGUCCCAAAGCUGUGGUGUUUCGGUUAUUGAUUGUGAUUGACUUAUGUAAAUUAUUUUUAAAAUUAAGUUCAGUGAAACUGAUUUAAUGUAUUGAAAAGUAAUACUGUAUUUAUUGUUUUUCCUCAUCUAAAUUUAUUUUUACUGUUUUCCACAUUAAAUAAUAAAUUAUUUUCAUUUAGAUGCCCCAUUUAAUUGAAUGCCAUAAUAUAUAACAU